AUACGUUUAAUCUAUCAGUGAAAUUUAAUUAAUUAAUAAUGAUAUUAAUUUUGAUAGUUAUUUUUUGUAUUGCCUUUUACUUUUAUGGCACACGGAAUUUCAAAUAUUGGGAGAAGAGGGGUGUUCCGUACGAGAAACCACUUAUAUUAGUCGGAAGUAAUUUAAAACAAUUUAUAGACAGGGUAAGCGUUUCUCAGAGAUUUUCUGCAUUUUAUCGAGCAUACCCAAAUGAAAGAUUCGUCGGUUUCUUCGAGGGCAACAACCCUUCAAUCCUUGUACGUGACCCAGAGCUGAUUAAACAUAUGCUCAUUUCCGAUUUUCGUUACAUUCCCUACAGAGGGCUCAAUCCUCACAAAACAGCUGUUGAACCACUUAUGAAGAAUCUUUUCACAGCUGAUGGCGAUGUUUGGAAAUUGAUGAGGCAGAAGUUGACACCAUCCUUCACCACCAGUAAGCUUAAAGCCAUGUUCCCGUUGAUAAUUGACAGAACUAACAAAUUAGAGAAAUUAGCUGAUAGCUUUAGUGAGUCCGGGAAAGAAAUUGAUAUAAGGGAACUGAUGGCAAAAUACACGACAGACUUCGUCGGAGCUUGUGGCUUUGGAGUCGAUUCAGCUGCUUUAGAAAACGAGAACUCAGAUUUCCGUAAACUUGGUAAGCGUCUCUUCUCCGUCACGAUGCGAGAUCAUUUCGUAUCAUUAUUAAAGAGAUCGGCGCCGGAAACGUUUAAGGAUUUACACUUUUUUGCACCGGAAAUUGAAACGAAAGCGUUUUCCAUUCUCGGACAAAUUAUGGAACAGAGAAAUUACAAGCCAUCGGGUAGAAAUGAUUUUAUGGAUUUGAUGCUGGAGUUAAGACAGAAGAAUAAAGUUGUUGGGGAGUCCGUAGAGAAGUUCAACCCUGAUGGCACACCGCAGAUAGUUGAACUGGAACUUGAUGAUAAACUUAUUUGUGCUCAAAUAUUCGUUUUCUUCGCUGCUGGCUUCGAGACUUCUUCGUCAGCUAGCAGUUACCUACUACACACGCUGGCUUAUCAUCCAGAAAUCCAGGAACGCUGCCAGAAGGAAGUAGAUGAUGUACUGAAGAACUAUGAUGGUAAACUCUGCUUUGACGCGGUACACGAUAUGAAAUAUCUGGCGAUGGCGUUAAAAGAAAGCAUGCGACUGUUACCUUCGCCUGGUUUUCUUUUAAGAAAAACCUCAUCGAAGUACAAAAUACCUGAAUCAGACGUUACUCUGGACGAAGAUACCAUGAUAAUUAUAUCGACCGACGGCCUCUGUUCGGAUGAAAAAUACUUUGACGAGCCAGAAAAGUUUAUUCCGGAACGAUUUCAUCCGGAUAAUAUUCGCAAAAUAAAGCCUUACACGUUUAUGCCUUUCGGAGAGGGACCCAGAGCCUGUAUAGGCGAGCGUAUGGGCUUGAUGCAGUCACUGGCAGGAAUAGCGACAAUCUUGAAAAAGUUCACAGUAGUGCCGUCUCGUAACUCAAUCCGCAACCCUCGUAUUGAUCCUAAAUCUAUUUUGGUCGAGACGAUCAUCGGAGGCUUGCCGUUAAAUCUGAUACGAAGGCAGAAAGUUGAUUAGUUUGUAAUAAGUAUAAUGCAUGGUUUCAAUAUAAAGUCAAUACGUGUAAAUAUUGAAAAUAGACG